UGAUUGAGCUCAAUUGAUAUCCCCGACGCACGUCGUUAUCAGCAGUGUAUGUCCCUUGAUAUAGCGCCCGCCCAGACAGAAACCUAUGUCACUUAAGCUACACGCUACAGGGGAGCGAUGCAGACUCACGUAGCUGCAUUGAUAGUGGUCAUUGUGAAUAUUGGAUGCACCAGAGUUGCAGUAGGCGAGGGCCCCUGGUGUUAUGACUGUGACAAGGCUGUGAAACCUGCUUCUUGUGGGGAGAUUAUCAAGUGCAAAGACGACGAACAAUGCUAUGCGUCAUCGACAGGUGUCAGUCCAACACAGUACACGGCAGGGUGCAGAAAGAAACAGCUAUGUCAAGGUACAGGGUCGGUGGCAGGCGGGAGCAGCCCGCACGGGUGUGAGGAAUGUUGUAUCGGCGACCACUGCAACUCCAAGCUGUGUGGCGGACUCCCUGUUCCUAUGGGAGGUAGCCGACUGUGUCUGCAGUGCGAGGCAGUUCGCCAUCCCAGCCAGUGCUCCACAGUGUCCAAGUGUGGCCAGGAUAAGUAUUGCUCUAUUUGGAAGAGGUACAAGUUUCAAUUGACGUUCUAUGACCUUGGUUGUUUGGAGAAGACGGAAUGUGACGGACACAUGAAAGGGGAGGAUGAACUAUCAUACGGUGGCGUCAUAUGCUGCAAUGAUGAUUUUUGUAACAGCCAUGAAAACAACAACCACCUGACGCCAGCACCAACUGAAACUGCAGCAACCAGAUCUCAGCCUGUGACUACAAUUAGGACUGGGAACUUGCUAUGUAAAACGUGUGCCAGUAUUCAACAGCCAAGCUUCUGCCAGAGCGAGACACAGUGUGGACCCGAUCAGUAUUGUUCAGUGAGAAGAGUCUUCAGAUUUGGAUUGACCUUCUAUAGUCUUGGAUGUGAAGAGAAAACGGAGUGUGAAGACCACAUGACGACUUUGGGCGAAGGAGGAUUCCGCUGUUGUAAUGAAGAUCGCUGUAACGCUAACUUCAACCCUGUGACUGGCACAACAACACCAACAGCAAUUACAAUUCCUGCAUCUCCUGAAACGUCAUCAGUACCAACAACGACGUCUUCUCUUCCCCCUUCAACAACCAUCAGAACAGGGACCCUUAUAUGUCAAACGUGUGAGAUUGUUCAACAACCAACCUUUUGCCAGAGAGAGACAGAGUGUGGUCCAGAGCAGUAUUGCUCAGUAAGAAGAGUCUUCAAAUUUGGAAUUAUCUUCUAUGAACUUGGAUGUGAGGAGAAAACGGCGUGUGAAGACCACAUGACGACUUUGGGUGAAGCAGGGUUCCGCUGUUGUAAUGAAGAUCGCUGUAACGCUAACGUCAACCCAAAGAAACCUUCUUCUCUAACCCCGAUGGCCCCUGACAUAAUGAACACGAACCAGUCUGUAAACGUCAUCGCGGGGAAAACUGUUCUUCUGUUGUGUAAUGUAACCGGCAACCCUGAGCCAUCGGUCACGUGGACAUAUGAUAAACAGGUGAGCCCAAAUGCCCACCCAAAAGGAUCAACGCUGGCGAUAUCGUCCGUUAACGAGAAAAACGAAGGGCAAUACAGAUGUGUCGCAAACAACGCAUUAGGAACAAUGGAGGGCACUAUCCACCUGCAUGUCAUAGAACCAGUUUUUGUGAAGGUGGAGCCUCCCAUAGUGGUCAUCAGUCCCGGGAUGAGUGGAGUCAGGUUGAAAUGCGUGGGAGAAGGGAUACCUGCACCUAAGGCUACCUUGAGUAGACUCGGCGGAGACAUCACCGCUGACAGGUUCUAUGGCCACGUGAAUCCUGCUGAGAUAUUGCUGGUGAGGAUCACAGAGGCCAACAUGUUGACGUACGAUGGUGUCUAUGUCUGUAACGCUACAAAUGGGCACACAUCAGCUUCAGCCUAUCAGAUAGUUGCAGGCAACAUAACAAGAAUGCUCGGGGAGAACAUUGCUUUUAAUAAUAUCAGCACCACGCCACUGAAAGCAUUCCAUGCCCUUUGUCUACCUGGACAACCGCAGACUGACGCAUCUCCCACCACUACUGAGUUUGAUCUGGGUGAGCUGAUUUGUACUUCAGCAAGAAAAGUUGGUCUUAUUGAUACAGAUGCUGGCUCGGUCACGUGGCUUAUCAGACCUGAUGGCAAGGCACAGUUCUUAAAUGGAUCCAUGAGUGUGGACCUUGAACAAGUAAACACGUCAACGACUCCAGCUUCCCUUGUAUCAUCAGCAACAACAUCUUCUCCCCUUCUAGCCCCCGACAUAUUAAACACAAACCAGACUGUGAACGCCAUCCUUGGAGAAACGGUUCUUCUGUUCUGUAACGUGAGCGGCAACCCGACCCCAUCCGUCACCUGGGAAUAUGAUAAAUCGGAGAACCCAAAUGCCCAUCCCAAAGGAUCAACGCUGGCCAUAUCGUCCGUAAACGAGAAAAACAAAGGAAUGUACAGAUGUGUCGCAAACAACACACAAGGAACCAAGGAAGGCAUUGUCAACCUACAUGUCAUAGAGCCAGUUUCUGUGAAAGGGGAGCCUCCCAUCGUGGUCAUCAGCCCUGGAAUGAGAGCACUUAGGUUGAAAUGCGUGGGAGAAGGGAUUCCUCCACCUUCCGUUACCUUGAGUAAAUAUGGCGAAGACAUCACCGCUGAUAAGUUGUAUAAGCACUUGGGUCCUGCCGAGAUACUGAUCAUGGGGAUCACAGAGGCCAGCGUGAUGAAGUAUGAUGGUGUCUAUGUCUGUAACGCUACAAAUGGGAAUACAUCAGCUUCAGCCUACAAGAUAGUGCCGUUUGUCCUCCUGGACACAAGCAGCCGGACGCAUCUCCCAUCACUACUGAGUUUGAUCUGCAAGGAAAGUGGGUCUUCUUCAUACGGAUGCUGGUACUAUCACAUGGCUGAUCAGUUGAGCCCCAAUGCCCACCCCAAAGGAUCAACGCUGGCGAUAUCGUCCGUAAACGAGAAAAACGAGGGAACAUAUAGAUGUGUCGCAAACAACACACUUGGAACCAAGGAGGGUGUUGUCAAUCUGCAUGUCAUAGAGCCAGUUUCUGUGAAAGGGAAGCCUCCCAUUGUGGUCAUCAGCCCUGGAAUGAGAGCACUUAGGCUGAAAUGCGUGGGAGAAGGGAUUCCUCCACCUUCCGUUACCUUGAGUAAAUAUGGCGAAGACAUCACCGCUGAUAAGUCGUAUCGAUACUUGGGCCCUGCCGAGAUACUGAUCAUGGGGAUCACAGAGGCCAACGUGCUGAAGUAUGAUGGUGUCUAUGUCUGUAACGCUACAAAUGGGGAUACAUCAGCUUCAGCCUACCAAAUAGUUGCAAGCAAUGUUACCAGGACACUUGGGGAGAACGUUACCUUUAAUAACGUCAGCACCACGCCAUUAAAAGCUUUCCAUGCACUGUGUCCAUCAGGCCUCACAGGACCAGAUGGCUCUCCAGUCACUCAUGAGUUUAACCUAGAUGAAGCUAUAUGCACUUCGGCCAGAAUGGUGGGCCUCAUUGACAGAAAUCCAGGCCUGUACAAAAUCCUUGUCAUCACUGGCAAGUACAAGUAUGCAUGUUUCCUCACUAUCUACUUCAGCAUCGAUUUCUCAAGUAAUGACUGCUCCCUCAUCUACGCUGAUAUCAUCACACGCAAGUGCAGGUACCUUGGAUUCCUCAAAGGCAACAUCCUCAUCUGA